CUCCAAAACACUGACAGGCGUCACCACGCUACAAGCAGUAUGGCAGCUCCCAUGAGCAGUGUGGGUAAACCCUCAGCUGAGCGUUCACCGUUCAAUACUACGAGUUUUCAGAAGAAAACGAGGAGUAAAUUAAUCUCUAUACCUGGCACCAGACCCUCGGUUCAAAAUGGGCAACUCCUAGUUUCGACCGGUGUCACGUCGCUCGACUAUUUGCUCGGUGGUGGGUUGGCAGUCGGAACAGUACUUCUCAUAGAGGAGGACAGAUAUGAUAGCUACUCUCGUAUGAUCUUAAAGUACUUCCUGGCAGAGGGAGUUGUGUGUCGACAUGAACUUUUCGUGGCGGCGGCUCAAGAUAACCCAGAUGACAUCUUACAGGAACUCCCGGCUCCCAUCUUGGACGAUGUUGCUAUCCCCAAGCCAGUGGAGCAGCCCAGGCUCUCUGUUGAACCUCAGGACAGCUUGGAUGCCAUGAAGAUUGCCUGGCGCUAUCAGAAUCUUCCAAAAGUACAGAGUGCCCUGGCGUCCUCAUCCCGGUUCGGCCACUACUAUGACGUCUCUAAGACGAUGGAGCCGGAAAUUCGCCAGGCAGCCAAGUGCCACCGCUUCUACCUUCCAGAACAGCCCACCCAGUCAUCAUCCACACACAGUUCGAAGCUUGAGUCCUACUCUGCGUUGCUGAAGUCGCUUCAAGAGGUCAUACACAGGGAGGGCUUUGAUGUAGCAGCCCCCAUGGAAGGCAUGCAGCGUGCUGCCACUAGCAGUGAUGCAACACAGAAGUCAAAGUCACGUAACAUCCUGCGAAUUGGGCUUCACUCUCUCGGCUCAGCUCUGUGGGGUGAUGACCUAUGUUGCCACGACAAACCUAGAAACAGCCGCGCCCUCACUACCUUCCUCUAUGGACUGCGUGCUUUGCUAAGGUCAUCGCUGUCCGUCGCAGUAGUUACUGUGCCUUCACAUCUCAUCCAGGACAGAGCUCUAAUGGGCAGCAUAACCAGGCUAUGUGACAAUGCCAUAGCCCUGGAAUCAUUCAAAGGCUCUGAGAGAGAGACCAACCCACUCUACAAAGAUUACCAUGGCCUCCUGUAUGUACGUCAAGUCCCUCACCUGAACUGUCUGGCGAGUAAACUCCCUGACCACAAGGACCUGGCCUUCAAGCUGAAGAGAAAACAGUUCACAAUCGAGAGACUGCAUUUGCCUCCAGACUUGUCUGAGACAGUGAGUCGUGUGAGCAGGGGGGAGCUGGCAGGAGCGGCCACAGCGGCCUCAGCGGCCUCAGCCUGUGGCUCCGGCUCUUCCGGCAACAAACACCUGGACUUCUAGAGCUCCCACACAGUCGCCACGGGCAACCAACACCUGGACCACGGCAGCGUUGCCCUCUUUACCACGGUGACCAUGUUGUUCCCUCGCCCACAUAAUGUCAAGCGCGAUAACCCUGCCAGCCAUUACCACCUGCCAACUGUCCCAGCCAGGGGUGAAGAUCUAAACAUUCACAGUACCUUGUCUCAUUAUGGACACAUUUCAUCCUCUUGUCCUUUUAAAUAUAAACCCACAGUCUGCACGCUGAUAUUUGCAUUUGUUAAUUUAAUGGAUGUUAUUGGCCAUGUAUUUAUACCCACAGUUAGCCCCGUGGAGUUUCAAAAAUAUUCCUUGAAGGUGUAUGAUUGGCAGAGGGACUAGUUCUGAACCCAAGCAGAAUCAAAGACAGAGGAAUUAUUUAAAAUUUGGUUGGUUGUGUUUGCUUUUUGUUUAUCUCUGCGUCCGUGGAUCUUCAUUACAAGUAAAAUGUGAUCAUGAAAUGUUUUUUAACCCUCUAAAGACUCUACGCUACUGGCAAACAUUAAAUAAUUUAACUGCAGUCUCCAAAGCUCUGGGCCUGCAUUACAAAACAAGUCCUGCCUAGGUACACUGUGUAAAAUUCUGGGUUAUUUUCUUGGAUAAUGCAAUGUAACUGGCUUUUGUUUAGCUAAAUAAAAGAAAAUAAAUACACAUUACACAACA